AUGGCCCCAACACCAGAAAACGAUGCACAGCUCGCUGGAGCAGCACUUGGACUUUCAGAGAACGGGUUGAUCGCCGUAGCAUGGGCUGGAUUCACUCUGGCGGCGUGUUUUGUCGGCCUGCGGUGUUACGCCAGAAUCACGGAUACGCAUCGACUAUAUGCCGACGACUACUGCAUGUUGGCUGCUCUGUUCUUUCUUGGGACGAAUGCGGUUCUCCAGACAUUGCAGGCUGAAUCGCUGUACUAUGUUGUGUACGCAAGCGUUGGACUCAGACCUAUGGAAGGGCUUUUGGAUGAGGGCAACAUUUACGUGCGAUAUCAAUUCGCUAUCAUCGCUCUCUUCUGGACCAUCGUAUGGAGCGUCAAAGCCAGCUUCUUAGUCCUGUACUGGCGGCUCUUCGAUGGCUUGAAAGCCGACCGCAGGAUUCUGUUGGGUGUGGCCGCCUUCACGGUGGCAGCGUAUAUCGGCUGCUGGUUCGCCAGCGUAUGGACAUGUCAUCCACCGAGCACUUAUUUUGACUUUGGCCAAUGCACAAAACCCAUCGAUGUUGAAGGCUCAGUCAUCUCAAUAUCAUACAGCACUGCCAUCGACAUUUUCACCGAUUUCCUCAUCAUGGCCCUGCCUAUAAGGAUGAUCAGAAACCUGCAAGUCAACGCCAAACAGAAGGCUGGCUUGGCUGGGAUAUUCAGUGUUGGCUUGAUCAUCAUCGCAGUAGCAUUAGUCCGCCUAUCUCAAAUCGUCACCCACGCCCGCGCCGACCCCGUCGGCCUCGCAGUCUGGGGUCUAGUCGAAAGCAGCAUCGCAGUCGUCGUCGGAUCCCUUCCACCCCUGAAGGCCUUCAUGACACGAACGCUCGCUCGCACCAUGAACCGCUCCAAGGGCGCGAGUGGUGGUAACUCGAGAGUCAAGUAUAACAACUUCGACCCGCAGGAAGAGCAGUCGUUGUCGAAGAGUCAGGCGAGGGUCGGCGCCAUCCCGCUGGAAGACCGGAGUCUGAAUGGAUCGCAGGACUAUCAUACCAAGUCGGUUGAGGGGCAGAUUGUCAGGGAGCGAGACUACUACUGA